GACCAGGCUGGGUUACAAAGUGAGCGCAAGGCCAUGCUGAACUACAUAAGACCCUGCUCAAAAAGGCGAAAGAAAAAGGUAAUCUUCCUCAAAGCUCCGUGUGGAGUUAAAUGAGUUUUGUAUGAAGAGUUUUCAGAUAAACACCAAUAAAGCUACUCAUUAAGCAACAAGAGGCACAGACAGAGAGAAUGUAGGUAGUGAAACAGUUCUGUCAUUUCAGCGUGGGGAGGCUGAGGCAGGAAGGUCCUGAGUUUGGGGCUAGCCUGCGCUAUACAGUGAGAAACUGGAGAAAGCCAGCCUAGGGCCCUCUUUCCCCAGCAUACAUCGCAGGAUGCCGUUCCUGCCUUCUCACCCCACUCUCAUCCCCUCCGUGCCUCCUACGCCCAAGCCUGGCCUCCCAGCCAUCCCUGGAGCCCAGCACCGGAAGAGCUCUGCACCUGCGACCCUACCUGGCCGCUUAGAGCUUGGUCUCUGCUGCCCUCAGGCGGCCGUUUCGGGUAUUGCCUGGGUGAGAGGCGAGCGGAGAGGACCAGAAUCAGAGUGGUCGGAUCAGAUUGGGGGAGACACCGGUGCAAGCGGCAGAGAAGGGAGCGCUAAGACCCAGGAGGGGUGCAGGGGCGCAGCGCCAGGGAGGAGGCGGAGGAGGAGGGAUAGACGCUGCGGGAGCGUCUCGUACCGCUCCUCCUCGCAGCAUCACCGCCCGCGGCGGACAUGGCCAGUCAGUCCCAGGGCAUCCAGCAGCUCUUGCAAGCUGAGAAGCGGGCAGCUGAGAAGGUGGCAGAUGCCAGGAAGCGGAAGGCCCGGAGGCUGAAGCAGGCGAAGGAGGAGGCGCAGACGGAGGUGGAGCAGUACCGCCGCGAGCGGGAGCAGGAAUUCCAGAGCAAGCAGCAGGCGGCCAUGGGCUCCCAGGGGAACCUGUCCGCUGAAGUGGAGCAGGCUACGCGGCGCCAGGUACAGGGCAUGCGCAGCGCCCAGCAGCGGAGCCGGGAGCGCGUGCUGGCCCAGCUUCUCGGCAUGGUCUUCGACGUGCGGCCCCAGCUGCACCCCAACUACCGGCUCACCGCCUAGGCCCCCUGGGGCCUGCUCCUCAUGCACGUGUGCUCCCACCGAGACGUCCCCCAGCCUAGGCGCCUUCCCUUGCCUGGCAUGCACAGGGCCCGGUUCAGCUCUCAGUACUGGAAAAUCCAUUCACCACCGUGACCUUCGUGUCCUUUUCCAUUCUGUGGAAAGGCCAGGAAGCAGCGUCCAGGUUUCUCCUGUGAAAUGCAGGGAUAUCCCGGGCAAACGCGGAUCUCCUUGGGCUUCAAGCCUCUCUGGGGCCGUCUAAAGUGAGCCAAGUCACCCUCACCUAGCACUUCUGAACUUGUGGCGCGGAGGGGUCGGGCUGUGGAGGAUUUG